AUGGUAAAUGACAAAUGGCUGGCGCGAAAACAAUUCCAGUUGACAGUUGAUGAUUCUAUCUCUGUUGCUCUCCCUCUUUCUCGAUCUCUCCACGGCCUCUUACUUUGUGACCGGUUGCACAUGUGCCUACAUGUGCCUAUUUGUGUUUGCGUUUGUGCGUGUUGUGUUCAGCCAGCCAGUGUUCCUGUACCCUGCUCCCUGCUCUUAUCUCUACACUUAACUUUACCCAUCCAACCAUUAACUCAUCCACCCAUCCCUCCGUCUAUCCACCUCGUCGUGGGCUUCUUGCCAUGUCAGCGAUUGUUAAUGGCCGUAAUGGCACCCUUGGCGGCUAGACUACCAGACGUUAGGCUCCGCUGGCACCAUGCGAGUAGUGAGGGUGCAGACGGAAAGAGUAGUAGUGCUGCGCCAGGCGACCGGGUCUUCAGCACCUUUGGGGGCUUCGAGACUUCACAGCAUUUGUCUGUGACGCCUCACCUCCUUCGGCCAGGCGACUGCCCCUUUCGGUCUCCUACCCCGUCUCGACUGUCGGCCUCGGCGGACCGCUGA